AUGGCAGCACAGAAAACUUACUCUGAUGGGGAAGGAAAUGCAUCGGGCCACACAGGAGUCCAUACUGGAACAAGACAAAGGGAGGAGGCCACACAGGAGUCCAUACUGGAACAAGACAAAGGGAGGAGGCCACACAGGAGUCCAUACUGGAACAAGACAAAGGGAGGAGGCCACACAGGAGUCCAUACUGGAACAAGACAAAGGGAGGAGGCCACACAGGAGUCCAUACUGGAACAAGACAAAGGGAGGAGGCCACACAGGAGUCCAUACUGGAACAAGACAAAGGGAGGAGGCCAAACAGGAGUCCAUACUGGAACAAGACAAAGGGAGGAGGCCACACAGGAGUCCAUACUGGAACAAGACAAAGGGAGGAGGCCACACAGGAGUCCAUACUGGAACAAGACAAAGGGAGGAGGCCACACAGGAGUCCAUACUGGAACAAGACAAAGGGAGGAGGCCAAACAGGAGUCCAUACUGGAACAAGACAAAGGGAGGAGGCCAAACAGGAGUCCAUACUGGAACAAGACAAAGGGAGGAGGCCAAACACUGAAAGGCCCUGAUGAUUGUAUGGGUACCUUAAUUAGUUGUUCCAGGGACUCAGUUGCAGGUGACUGGAUAUAUAAUCAUUGA